AAACAAACUAAUCUGGAAAACAAAUUGGAACUUCAAGAGAACCAAAUUGAACAAAUAGAACGCCGGCUGAGACAGAGAAAUAUUGUUCUGUUUGGCCUAGAAGAGAAAGAAAGAAGCUAUUCUGACUUGGAAACAAUUGUGUUAGGAACUAUAAAUAAUACUAUGAAAGUGCAGUGCUACGAAACAGACAUAGAAUCCGUUAGAAGACUUGGUAAGAAAGGAAGCAACGUCAGACCUGUUAUCAUCACAUUCACUACACUUGGAAGAAAAAUACAAGUUCUGCGAAAGAAGAAAAACUUAGAAGUUACGAACUACUACAUUAAAGAAGACUUCACAAGAAAGGUACUUGAAAAGAGAAAAGAACUCCAAGAAGAGGCCAAAAAAGAGCGAGACAAGGGCAACAAUGCAAUAAUUAGGCAAGACAAGCUUAUAAUAUCAAAAAAUAAAAACAUAUCAAGCCAAAACAGUGAGCAACACAUCAAUUAUAGCCAGAAGAAAAGAAAUAUUAACUCAAUAUACUCGCCUCCACAUCAGAAUCCAGACAAGGAAAACAUCCCAGUUACACAAGUUAAUCCACAAGCGCCAAAGAAAAAUAAAUACGUAAUUACAGACUAUAUGACGGCACCUAUUGGAACCACUGGAACUUCAGCCAAUGUAACAAAUACUACAUCAGUGCAAAAACCACAAACACCAGUGAAUCAAAAUCAAAAUCAACAUCAACAUAAUAGUGAACCAAAAAACGCGUGACAAGAACCCCUCUCCGCCUCCCACCACGGCUGGUCACCGAGGGAGAGCUAGACCACCACCCUCCAAGGACACCCACUCAAUCAACAAGAGCGAGCACAUCCCUUCUUCAAGGUAUAUGCCCCAACUGAAAAAGCCACAGAUGAACAAGUGAAGAUUUUCUAUGAAAUAGUUGAAAGAGCAUACCAACAGGCAGAUAAAAACGUCAUAAUAAUGGGCGAUUUCAAUGCUAAGGUCGGACAGCCGAAACUAGAAGAGCAUAGGAUCACAGGUAAACAUGGUUACGGCUCGCGAAACCAGCGAGGUGAACUAUUGAUAAAUUACUGCCUUGAGAAAAACCUAGCCAUCAUGAACACAUAUUUCAUGAAAAAAUCUAAUCGAAAAUGGACAUGGAUCGCACCAAAUGGAAGGACGAAAAACGAGGUUGACUUUAUUCUCACAAACCAAAAACAAAGUAUAACCAAUAUUGAAAUUAUUAACAAAAUUGAAUUUUCGUCAGACCAUAGACUAGUGCGAGCAACAUGGUUACUCAAACAGCCGAAAAAAAGCCGAAUCAACUUCAGAAAUAAGACCACAAAAAGCUUGCAGACAGAUAUUGAAAAAGAUGAUUUCUUGAAACGCCUCGAAGAAGAAAGACAACCACUUAUGACUUUGGCGCCAGACGAAUUAACACAAUUAUAUCAUGACAGGCUAAUCAAUUGCAUCCAGACAAGUUUGAAGCAUUCACAAAAGAAUAACCACAACACACAGAAAAGCAUAUUAUCUGACACCACAAAGCAACUAAUAACAAAGAGAACGGAACUCCAAAAUAUAAGACCCAAAACAAAAGAAAUUAAAUCAAAGUUGAGUGACCUUUACAAAAAAGUAAGCAAAAGUAUAAAAGAAGACUAUAAAAAGCACAGAGAGUCCAAAAUUGAAAACCAUAUCUACGCUGACGGAAGCGUGAAAAAAGCCUACAAAGAACUCAGAACACAUAAAAACUGGAUCCCCAAGUUGCAAAUUUCAGACAACAAUACUGCACUAUCUCGAAAUCAGAUACUUGAAACUGCUACAACGUAUUACAGGAAGUUAUACAGUAGUCAAGAGCAAGAACCACCAAAAACAGACCUUCCAAGCACAAGUGAAGUCCCAGCAAUAGAUGAAAUAGUUAUAAUGAGACAUUAAAAACUUAAAAACUGGAAAGAGUCCUGGGUCGGAUAACAUUACAAAUGAAAUAUUAAAAACUGCUGCUUCCUUAUUAGUGACACCCUUGGCACAUUUAUUUAAUCUCAUUCUAAAAACAGGAACAGCACCCAAACAAUGGACGCAGUCAAAUAUAAUACUUUUGUAUAAAAAAGGAAACCCAAUGGACAUAGGAAAC